UAACCAACCCUUUCUUGUUUUGGUUCACAUUAUUCUGCAACCUUUGUCCUUUCGUUUUCCUCACAAAAAGCUCUCUUUUUCUUUCUCUCUCUAAUCUCUGACCUCUCUCAUUUCACCUGUCGAUUUCACAUUGUUUGGCAUGCAACAGCAAGGAGGGACGAUGAGGAACUCUCCGUCGUAUGGAUCAUCGGGAGGGCACUCUCGUCAUUUCGACACCAUCUUGUCUCCCCUUGUCAAAACCGGCGCCGGAGCUUCCAACAGAUCCUACGCUUUCUUCUCCUUCUUCCUCUUCCUCCUCCUCGGCGUUUUUCUCACCACGCGCCUCCUCCUCGAUCCCUCCGUGUUAAUAGCGAAAGAAACGGCGAUAGUGACGGAGACCCUAAAAGCUGGUGAAUCCCCAAAAUACCCUCAGUCGACUAAGCUAAUAACGGAAAAGCCAAAGGAGUUCAAACUAAACUGCCCCGCUUUCUCCGACAACGCCACUGUAACUUGCCCAAGGGACAACUAUCCGACGAGCCUCCUUCCCGGCAGCAGAGAAGAUGACUCCGGACGAUCUCCACCCGCCACGUGUCCCGACUACUUCCGCUGGAUCCACGAGGAUCUACGGCCGUGGGAGAAGACCGGGAUCACGAGGGAAGCGUUGGAGCGUGCCAACGCGACGGCGAACUUCCGCCUUGCGAUCAUCGACGGGAGGAUCUACGUCGAGAAGCUCCGAGAGGCUUUUCAGACGAGAGACGUGUUCACGAUCUGGGGAUUCGUACAGCUUCUAAGGAGAUAUCCGGGAAAGAUUCCGGAUCUCGAGCUGAUGUUUGACUGCGUUGACUGGCCGGUAGUGAAGGCGGUGGAGUUCGGCGGAGUUGAACAGUUAACGCCACCGCCUCUGUUCCGUUACUGUGGGAACAACGAGACGCUCGACAUUGUGUUUCCUGAUUGGUCCUAUUGGGGAUGGGCUGAGGUGAAUAUAAAGCCAUGGGAGAGUUUGUUGAAAGAGCUCAGGGAAGGCAACCAGAGGAGCAAAUGGGUAAACAGAGAGCCUUAUGCUUACUGGAAAGGGAAUCCGACAGUCGCUGAUACAAGACUGGAUCUCAUGAAGUGUAAUGUCUCCGAGGGGCAUGACUGGAAAGCUCGUUUAUACCAACAGGACUGGGCCCGGGAAUCAAAGGAAGGUUACAAGCAGUCAGACUUGGCAAGCCAAUGCCACCACAGAUACAAGAUUUACAUAGAAGGGUCUGCAUGGUCGGUGAGCGAGAAGUACAUUCUGGCUUGUGACUCGGUGACAUUGCUAGUGAACCCUCAUUACUACGAUUUCUUCACACGAGGUAUGUUACCUGGUCAACACUAUUGGCCCGUCAAGGAAGACGACAAAUGCCGAUCCAUUAAAUUUGCCGUCGAUUGGGGCAACCAGCACAAGCUAAAGGCACAAGACAUAGGAAAGAAGGCGAGUGAGUUUGUGCAACAAGAACUCAAGAUGGACUAUGUGUACGAUUACAUGUACCAUCUCCUAACCCAAUACUCUAAACUCCUCCGGUUUAAACCCGAGAUUCCUAAGAACUCCACCGAGCUCUGCUCAGAGACAAUGGCGUGCCCCAGGGAUGGUAAUGAGCGGAAGUUUAUGAUGGAAUCGCUUGUGACACACCCUGCAGAGACUGGUCCUUGCACCAUGCCGCCUCCAUAUGAUCCGGCGUCGUUUUUCUCGGUACUGAAAAGGAGGCAGAGUACGGCUAGAAGAAUCGAACAGUGGGAGAGUAAGUACUGGAGGAAGCAUAACCAGACUCGUUCGUAAAGUUAGUUUUGCGUUAACAGUUUUGUUGUGUAGAGGAAAAUGCACUUGCAUAUAAACCCGUCGAUGUUUUUAUUCUAUCAUGAAGACGCUUAAAAAUUAGAAAUAUUUUUCGGAACUGUAUCCAUGAUGUAGUAAAAUAAUCAUAUUCCAAAUUGUAUGGAGAGUACUGUGGUAGCAAACAGUACUAUCUCCUAGUCC